AUGGCAGUGGAUGAUCUUGAUCAACAGGAACUUCCUGUAGAGGUGGAGCAUGAAACUGGAACAGAGAUAAGUGCUCCUAAGGUUUCUCUUAAUGCUUUGCAUGGUGACUCUAUUUCUCUCAAUGCCUUAGAGGGUGAUUCCCAAUAUCCUAUGAUGCGGUUAACUGGUUGGUUAGGCAAAAAGAGGAUUUUUUUAUUAAUAGAUACAGGAAGCACUCAUAAUUUCAUUAAUCAAAAAUUCUGUCAUGAGGGUUUAAGAAAGCUUCAAUGCUUACAACCAAUGAAAGUAACAGUAGCAGAUGGGGGAAUUAUACAAGGUUCUGGCUGGUGUGGGGGAAUUACUUGGAAGAUGCAAGGAUACACUUUUACUGAUGAUGCAAUAGCUAUUCUUCUAAGUAGUUGUGAUCUCAUUUUGGGUAUGAAAUGGCUUAGACAAUGGGGAACUAUUUCUUGGGACUUUACCAAUUUAAUAAUGGAGUUUGCUAUGGGGAAGGAAAUGGUCAAGUUGCAGGCUAUGGAAGAAAAGGAGAACAAACUAGUUUCUGCUGCUAAAUUGCACCACAUGGUAGGGGAGGAUAAAUUCAGUUAUUUGCUACAGAUCCUUCCUUGUUCCAGAGAGGUAUCUUGUUGCACUCUCAAGACUAAGGGGUCAUUAGAUUCUGGGUUAACUGUGCAAGGGAGAGAUGUGGAGCUGCAGGCUCAUGAGGAAGCCAUUUUGCAAGAUUAUGGUGAUGUGUUUGAGGAACCUGUUGAGUUACCACCUUUCAGGGGCAUCCAUGAUCAUAAGAUCAUAUUAAAAGAAGGGUCAAAUCCCAUUUCUCUCAGGCCUUAUAGAUACCCUCCUGCACAAAAAAAGGAUGUCAUAGAUAAAAUGAUGAAAGAAUUGCUUGAGUCAGGGGUAAUUCAACCUAGCUCUUCUCCUUUUGCUUCUCCAAUUGUUAUAGUCAAGAAGAAGGAUGGUAGCUGGAGAAUGUGUAUGGACUAUAGGAAGCUCAAUGAUAUGACUGUGAAAGCAAAGUUUCCCAUUCCAUUCGUGGAAGACUUAUUGGAUGAAUUAAGGGGAGCUAAAGUUUUUUCUAAAUUGGAUUUAAGGGCUGGUUAUCAUCAGCUGAGAAUGAGACCUGAGGAUGUGGAGAAAACAACAUUUCAAACACACUCAGGGCAAUAUGAGUAUGUUGUCAUGCCAUUUGGUCUUACAAAUGCUCCCUCAACUUUCCAAGGAGCCAUGAAUGCUAUAUUUGCUCCAUAUUUGAGGAAGAGUGUGCUUAUAUUCUUUGAUGAUAUCUUAGUGUAUAGUGCUACUAUUGAGGACCAUGUCCAGCACUUGAGAGAAGUCUUUGAAGUCCUUAAGAAGCAUUCAUUCUACGCAAAAAGAGUAAAUGUGCUUUUUUCACUCCUGUGA